GCCUGCUGACCAUCCUCAGCCUCCAGCUCUCUGCACUCGCAACUCCUCCCCGAACCCACGCUGAGGUGAAGAGCCUGAUGACAAUGACAAACCUGGAGACCUCGAUGGCGACCAUCAUUGCGGUGUUUCAGAAGUACUCAGAAAGAGAAGGAGACAAACACAAACUGAAAAAGAGCGAGCUGAAGGAUCUGCUUCACGACGAGCUGCCAGAUCUGAUGGCGCAUGUGAAAGACCAGGCCACACUUGACAGCCUGAUGGAGAGCCUGGACACGGACGGCGACGCCGAGUGCGACUUCCAGGAGUUCAUGACAUUCAUCUCCGUGGUUACCGUCUGUUGCCACGAGUUCUUCGAGCACGAGGACGAGUGAGGAGGAGGCGAGGGCAGGGAGACAGAACAGGGGGAGCUACAGUAAAUUAUAAAAGAAGAAGAAGAGGAAGAAGAAGAAGCCUAGCAACGCACAACCUGUUGGUGCCCUCAGAGCAGAGCAUGCUGGGAAAAAACAACUCCAGCCAGCAGCCAAAACACUAUUGGUGAGGUUUGGCUGGUGGUUUCUAGUUGUUACUUUAGCUUAAAAUCAGAUUUUAAAAAGAUCCUGUUCUUCUCUAUUUGAUUCUAAAUACCUACAUGGCUUGUAAAGUCUUCAAAAUGGCUACAGAGUUUGUUGUUGUUUGCCUACAUUACACAUAAUAAUCAUUUGGGAGGUACUUUUUUUAAACUGUUGUUAAGAUUGUGGCUGGUAUAGCACAGCACCUAAAAACAUCGGCUAGUUAAAGUUCCCAAAUGGCUCGUGAAUUGUAGCCAAUUUAGAAGCCACAAAGUCUUAAAAAUGGCUCUGAGAUUUUGGUGUAACAAAUCUAGACAAGUCUCUCUAAAAGUCUGCAGAAAAUGGACAAUUUCUGAUCUUUUUAGUAGCUUCCUCAGCAUAAUGCCCUUCUAUAAGUCAAGCUGUUCGGUAUUGUGACCAACUUUGGCUCCCAAGUUCCUAAAAUAGGCAAUCAGUAAUUUAAGGUUCUUCUGUUCAAAGUCUAAAGGUCCAGUAAUGUUGUAAAAAUGACCGGUAAGUUCAUCUCAUCCAAUACUGAAAGGGCCUUGUAGGUUUUAAAAACAUCGGCUAGAUAAAGUUUCACUACUAAAAUAUCAACAAAAAAAACAGCUUUGAGAGAUUUUGAGUUGUAAAAAAUGUUCAUCUACACUUAAUAAUAAUUCUGUGGCUGGUGUAUUUCAGAUGUGGCCGGUAAGUUUGUCACCAAUCAUUUUGAGUGUUAUAUUUAGAAGCCAGUAAAACACUUUUAUCAACUCCAGCAGCAGCCAACUUCUCACAGGCGCCUGGGUUUAAAAAGUCUUGUCGACUAUCAAUUAUUGAAAGUGAAUUCUAGUAAAGUUGCUCAUAAUAAAAAAACAAUGAAUUGGCUAGUAAAAGUUUUAAAAUGGCUUUUGAGUUUCAGCUAAUCAAGAAGCGACAAUUUAGAACUUUAACAACUUUUCAGACACUUUUUUUAAAAUCUAGCUGACUAUCAAAUAUUUUAAGUGACUUGUAAGUUGGUCGUUUGAUUGGCUAGUAAAAGUUUAAAAAUGGCUUCAUCUACAAGCCACAGUUUUUAAGAAAUCUACUAAACUGUUAAAAAUGUAAAGUGACUGUUAACUUAGUCAAGUUAAACAUGUUGAAUUGGCUAGUUUUUGUUUAUUCUAGCUGUCGGUUUGGUAGAAAAACAACAAUAAUUUGGAGAUUUAUUGUCAAAUAAAAACUCUGGGCCCAUCAAAGUGGCUGACAAGUUGUUUAGAAGCUCUUUCUACUUCAUAUUUAGGUAGUUGGUAAACAAGGCAACAAUUGUUUGAGUCAUAAUACAUUCUGAAUGUCUAGCUGGCUGCUGAAAUAAUCAUAAAACUUUAGGAGUUAGUAGCCGCUAUUGUCUGCAGAGUUCUUUAGUUUCACUCUUCGUGCAAAGGAAACGUGUGAUCGGUUUAAAUCAGCUGGAACAGAAGAGUUCGUCUGACGAUGUGUGUUCUGAAACGUUGAGCACUGGUUAGUUUGGAUGUUGGAUAUGAAAUAAACGAUCAACGUGUGA